AUGAUGUUGCGCAAACCCGUCCUCCUCAUCAUCGCAGCUCGUGCAGCGGCCGACUGCUCCCGGCACACGCACUGCGGUUCCUGCCUCUCCAGCGACCAAGACGGGUGCUUUUGGUGCUACGACAACGGCGGCAGCUGCAAGCGCGUCGAGCAGUCCCUUAGCCCGUUCGGCGCAUGCUCCGCCUCCGGCAUCUCUCUCGACGCCAUGACCUGCGAGUGCCGCCCCGACGUGUACACGAGCUGCGAGUGGUGCGCGAAAGCGUCGCAUCCGUCCUGCGUCUGGAUGUCGGCCAACGCGACCGGCUCUGUCUCCUACUCUAUCGCGACGCCGCUCGGCACGACACGCGGCGAGCUCCCUCCCUUCCGGCUGGCGCAAGGACGCUGCUGGGCCGGCUCCGGCUUCGGUCCGGCGGGAACGACGGCAAACACGACCCUCCGACUCGGCGAGUGGGCGGUGUCGGCCGCGGUGAGUGUGGUCCCGUCUGAAUGGUACUGGGCGCAGUGCUCGGUGCAGGAGGGCUGGAUGGCGUUGCUAGUGGCGCUGCCUUCCCUCCUCCUCGCGGCGGCGCUGGCUCGUUGCUGCUGCCUCGCCAAGCGGCGGCGGGCGCACGGGGCGGCGCUCCUCGUCCACGCAGUGCCAGUCGAGCCGGUGCCGCCGCCGGUGCCCGUGGUGCACCCCCAAGGACCGCGGAAUGCGUGA